GAGACGAAGAAGAAGAAGAAGAGGAAGAACAAACAAAGCAGAAGAGGCAGAAGAAGAAUCCGGUCCAGAGUCCAAAAUCCAAAAGGCGGAAAUAAGUGGCUGACAGAACUAAAGAGAGCUCUGAAACGACACCUCAAAGACACAAGUUAGCGUCAUGUCGAAAAAGAAAGACGUGGUAAAAGCUCCGAGAUGCGUAAUCAGGGAAAACUCCAGACUCAUGCGCGCACAUGAGUCGAUGGUGGAUUACAUCAGCGGUCGCAGUUCAGCCUCGCUGAUGGACGUUCUCGCACCCGCCCUGCUCGGUCUUGGAGGUUUUUUAAGACCCUUGGAGGACGACAUCAUAUUUUCAGACGAGGACGACGAUGAUGACGAGUAUGAAGACGACGAUGAUGAUGACGACAGUAAUGAUCCAUAUUAUCGUCCACGCAGAGCUGUUCAAGGCGCCUUAGAGCCGCAUCCACAGAUAAAACAACUCACCGAUGAGGAGGCUGAUAAAAUUGCAAAGGAAUUAAUAGAUGAAGAAGAGCGACGUAAAGAAAAAACUAGGAAAAACAAACGUAAAAAAAUGCGUAAAAAAGAAAAGAAACGGUUAGAAAAGGAGAAUGCAAAAAAAGAAAAUUUACAUGAGGAAGAACAAGCAAAGUCAGAUUCUUCAGAAAAUCAAGAAGAUACCGCUAUAAUUGAAAGUAGUGCAGAGGCAAUGGAGUCCUCUCAAAAUGCAACUGAGGCAGGUGGACAUGAGAAAAGUGAUAAUACUGAAGAAAUAAAUGUUGUUGAGGUGAAUAAAAAAGAAGACAAGGAGCAAAAGAAUGAGGAUUUACAUAAUUCAUGUGCUGCUUCUGCUAAAUCGGUGCCAGAGGAGACGUCUAACCAGAGUCCUGCAAAAGAAAAAACAAAAAGAGAUACAAAUAAAUUACCUGAAGUUCGGCAGCCCGAGGAGAAAAAGCCGGAAGUUGCUGAGAAACAACCUGAAGUUCGAAAGAAAAAAGAAGAGAAACCAGAAGCCAGAGGAGAGAAAACAGUGGAACCGGUUUUAGAUGAGUUUGCAAAAAGAAGCAUCGAGCUUGCCAAUAUGGGGAAUCGUUCGGCUGCCUCUGGACAGUUUGAAAUGGCAGUGAGAUACUUUACCGACGCCAUUAAGCACAACCCAAAGGAAUUUAAGCUAUUUGGAAAUCGGUCCCUGUGUUUUGAAAGAUUACAGCAGUAUGAAAAUGCACUCAGGGAUGCAGACGUCGCGCUCUCCAUGGAACCAAACUGGAUAAAAGGUCUAUUUCGGAAAGGGAAAGCUCUCUGCGGGCUCAAGAGAUACUACGAAGCCUCUCUGAUCUACAAGGAGGUGUUGAAACUGGAAAAGACGAGCGUUGAAGCUGCUCAGGAGCUGAAACGAGCGCAGACGUUGCACCUCAUGGAAAUGGGCUUCAGCUGGAGUCAGAGCUCCGAGGCCUUGAAGAGUCACGCCACGUUAGAGGAAGCUGUGGAAGCUCUGUUUGCCGGCGACGGAAACCAAAAUCCUGAAGGUGCUGGCGCCAGACGGGACCGUGCAGCUCCGUCAGCGGGGCAGGAACAUCCCGACGACGGAGAAUGGACCGUCCAACAAACGAGCCGUCCUCGAACGCAGCACGGCAGAGAGUUUGAGGCUUUGGACCAAAACAGAGCGAAAUCGCACUCGCCGACGCCUCCGUCUAGGAAUCCAGGAAAACCGGAUCUUUUUUCUGUUUGGGUUGGAUUCUUGCCUCCCGCUAUGACCUACGUGAAACUCCACGAGCUCUUCAGCAGAGCCGGGACGGUCUACAGCAUCAAAAUGCUGCUGGAGCAUCAGUGUGCCUUUGUCAACUACACCAGGAAGGAGGAGUGUGACCGAGCCAUCCAGUGUAUUAAUGGAAUGGUGGUGGAGGGGGCUCCUCUGACGGUUCGAUAUCCAUAUAAAACCCACAACGGACUCGGCAUGUCCACCGACGCCGGCAUGCGCCCAGGGAUGUUCAAGAAGACGGAGUGCUUCUUCUGGAGGACGACGGGCUGCACGAGGCAGGACUGCAUCUACAAACACAUCCCGGAGCACAAGAACAUUGACAAGGGCAAAUUCACCAACAGACUUGGAUUUCCGCCGCACGCAGGAAAUCAAAAAUGAAAAAAAUAAACCCGCUAGCAUGCAGGGUUUCCUCUCAGAUUUGACGCGGUGGCGGUGACGGCCCUGCUUGCUUUGGUUUCUGCUGAGAAAAUUGGGCAAAAACAAUUGAAGUGUUUUGGAUUUUAGGGGAAAAUUGUGGGAAAUUUGUGCUCCAUGAUCAGUGCUACUGUACGAAUUAAAGGAAACUCAAACAUCUAUCAUACUACUGUACUCUAGAAAUAAUCCACGUGCCUUUUUAUAGUUGCAUUGUGCCUCAAGCUUUCAGCAUCCCUCAGCUUUAGGAGUUUGUCAGGGAUUAUUUGCGACCUCAUCUGUUUAAAGAUAGUGAUUUUUCUUUCUUUUAAAAAUCGAUUCUACAGAUUUUUCUGUUGCUUUCCAGUCACCACUAGGUGGCAGCGUUAUAUUUGUCCCUCAGCUUUAGGGCUGCAAACUGUCUGCUUUCAUUUUAAAGGCUGUGAUUCUUAAAUAGUUGUUCUAUCGGAACAUUCAAUGCGCCACGUUUGAUUUCUUCUGAAACUGUGCUCGUUACUCGUAACGCUGCCUUUGUUGUAUGAAUGCAGUGAUCGACAGUUCAGUUCUGUAGUUUUGUGCAUUAAAAUUUUAUUGCAGUGCUCUUUCUGUUGCUGAAUCUGUUUGAGUGUAGUGAUGUUUGCAUGCAAAAUAAUACAGUUUAUCAAGGGUAAGUCCAAAGAAACAUCAAGCCUCGACUCAGAGUGUUAGAUUUGUGUACUGCCACUCAAAAUUUGGGGUCACUUAAAUAUCCUCAUUUUUCAAGGAAAAGCAGUUUUUUUUUAUCAAAGAUGAUAACAUUAAGCAGAAAUCCAGUCUAGACAUUGUUAAUUUGGUAAAUGACUAUUCUAGCUGGAAAUGGCUGAUUUUUAAUGGACUUAAAGGUACAAAGGAACAUUUCCAGCAACUCCUGUGUUCUAAUGCUACAAUAGCUGAUCGUGCUAAAAGGCUAAUUGAUGAUUAGAAAACCCUUGUGCAGUUAUGUUAGCACAUGAAUAAAAGUGGAGGACAGAAAAUCGUCUGGGUGACCCCAAACUUUUCAACGGCAGUGUAAACAUAGAUUCAGCACAAGACCAAAGACUUGUGUAGGUGGAGGAGCUUAGAAGAGCCUGAAUAUGACUCACAACUAAGAAUAAUAAAGUCAUGAUGAUUAAGCUGCUCAA